GCCUCGACCAUGAGGCUAGAGCGCGGGCGGCGGGCUUCUUUGGCACUCACCCUCAACUUUGUGGCGUUUGCUUUUGCCUUAUCAGCAGUGACCACUAGCUACUGGUGUGAGGGGACCAGGAAAGUGCCCAAACCCUUCUGCACAGGGCCGCCGAUUAAGGCCAAGCAGUGGUUCUGCAUCCGCUUCAACAGCACCAACAUCAACGACAGCCGGCUGGUCCAGUACAUCUUUGAGACCGGAGAGGAGAAGUUUCUUUUGAGGAAGUUCCACACAGGCAUAUUUUUCUCCUGUGAGCAGGCCGCCGACAUGAACGGAUUUAACUGUCGGGACUUCUCAGAGAUUGCACCAGAACAUGAAAGAGGGGUCCUGUGGUUGUGUAUAGUGGCUGAGAGUCUGUACCUCACCCUGCUCUUUACGGGCGGGGCUCUGAUGACCCUGGAGCAGUGUCCCUGCUUCAGUAUCAUGAACAAACUGAAGCUCAGUGCCUUCGCCGCCUUGUGCACUGCCCUGUCAGGCCUUUGUGGGAUGGUGGCCCACAUGAUGUUUACCACCAUAUUCCAGCUGGCUGUGGCUAUGGGCCCAGAAGACUGGAGGCCCAAGACGUGGGACUACAGCUGGUCUUACGCCUUAGCAUGGGGCUCUUUUGGCACCUGCAUGGGCUCCGCGGUGACGGCGCUCAACAGGUACACAAAGACCAUCAUAGAGUUUAAAUACAAGCGGCGGAACAUCGAGAAGAGCCUGAUGAUUAAGCAGAAGAUGAUAGAGCUGGACUUCCCUGAGCAGAUGUGGGACAUGUACCUGACCGCUGUUCCCUCUGACGCAGAGGCACAGCUACAGCUGCCGGUUAACGGCCACAAACCAUCCACAGGAACAACAUACGUGGUUGAAAUGGACAAUGUACCAGAACAACAAGGAGAGGAGUAUUGCUAAAAUGGAGUCACUAUCCUUGUCCUUGUGCCCCACUGGAACAGUUUUUGGGGCUGAUUUCCUGGUCCCAGAUUGACUCUUGUUCCUGGAUUAAAAUUUUUAACACCA